AUGAGCAACGGAACGUUUCUAACUAAAAAUGACCGAAACACAUCGGAUACUUCUAGCGUCCAGUUUAAUCGGUCAAGGAAUCUAGUCAUUGCUUUUCUGGUACUCUAUGUCUUUCUUGCAUUAGUGAUAAUUGCUGGGAACACUUUAGUUAUCGUUGCCUUCAAGAAAAUUCGCUCCCGAGCGACCAUUAACAUGUUCUUUGUAAGCCUAGCAAUUUCUGAUCUGCUUGUGGGUGUGGUUUCAAUACCUCUAUGGAUGUACAGCCUCUCUUGCCCUCAGUUAGCGUCUUGCAAAGAAUACAACACGUUCGUCAUGGACUUUUAUAAAGGAUUUGAUAUUUUUAGUGCGCUAGCUUCAAUUUCCAAUCUGGUAGCCAUCAGCGUGGAACGUCACCUUGCGAUAUGUUGGCCUGUUCAGCACCGCGUAAGCUCAUUUACUCGCUAUUAUGUCAUGAUAUUAGCAACAUGGGGUUAUUCGCUGAUCAUCACCUUCUUGUUCUCAGCGGAUCUCAGUCGUACGUGGAAGAACUAUCGAAGUUCUCUGGUGUUUGCAGCUGGCUUUGUGGUGCCCCUUAUCAUCAUAAUCGCAAUGUAUAGCACUGUCUACCGAAGCGUCAAGAGCGUGAACGCUCACUGGCAGAGAACAAACGCUAAAGGAUCUGGACCCCUACAGAAGAGUAUGCAGCGUGAAAAGCGGAUAGCCAUGACUGUUGGUAUUGUAACAGUGCUUUUUGUGGUCGCUUGGCUGCCGUUUUUUGUCGUAUCCCUGCUAUUUUCCUUCCACCGUCCGAGCCUUCCCACUGGAGGCGACUUUGUUCACCUCAUGGACCUUAUCAAGUGGAUGCAUUACAGUAACAGUGCCGUUAACCCGGUCGUGUAUGCUUACCGCAGCGAAGAAAUAAGACGGAGGCUGGUUGAGCUGGUAGCAAGAGCAACGGGUAGGAAGAGGGAAGAGAUACCUGGGAUAGCUCGACCAGGAAAUAGACUUACCUAG